CGUCAACAAAACAGAUAGAAACUAUCUGACAGUGUGUGUGGCUGUGAGAGAAUUUGGAGUGAGUUUUCUUCGCUGGUAAGGCGAGGCCUAUUACACGUUGAGCAUAUUGAAGAGAAAUACGUUUUAAAUAUGCAAUUUGAGGAGGUCGUUAAUCCACAUUUUGCUCUUCCAAUCGUAGGGGUAAUAGUUUGUGCACUUUUAGUGUUUGCAUUUGGUUUUAAGUCUCCUGUUCAACCUCCUAGUUUUGAUCAAAUCAUUCAAGAAGAACGGAGGACAGCAAAAAAGAAGAAAAGUAGCCAGAAGCAAAAAUCUCAAAGUAAUGGACAACCUGGAGCUGUAAAUGUGAGAGUUUCACCUCAAGUUUCGAAACAGUCUCCAGAGAAAACCCUACAAUCCAAGCAAAAAUUUGUGGUUGAAAAAACAGAAACGAAGGUUAAAAAAGGUCAACAAAACAAGGUUACCAAACAGGAAGAACCAGAAUCACUUAAUACUGAUGAAUCCAUAUCACAUGAUGAUGGAGGUGAAUGGGUGCAGCUCCUAUCAAAGAAAGAGAAGAAAAAUCGUCGGAAAGAAGAAAUUCUGAAUGGAUCUGUAUUGGAAACAAACAGAGAAAUUGCUAGUGAAGAUACAGCAGACAGCAAAGAUAGCACUCCAGCUAAAAAGAAGAAAGAAAAACUAAAGACAAAGAAUGAAGGGAAGGAAACCAAAAUUCCAACAGCUGAUUUUCCUAAGGAAGAAACAUUGUUAGUCUCAGAACCAGAGCAAAGUCCAAAAGAUAAGAGAAUUCCUAAGAAAGAGAAAAAUGAGAAGGUAUCCCUUAAGACUGAUGAAACUCCAGCACCUCAGAAGACAGAGCUAGAAUGUCAAGUGGAAAUUAAGUCAGCUUCUGAUGCUGUUGAAGUUCAAGAAGGUAAAAAUAAGAAAAAAAAGGGUAAAAAGAAACAUGAGGAGAUUGAAAAUGGGACAGUAGUGGAUGACGUAGAAGUUGAUAAUGAAAAUGAUUCAAAGAACACUCUGAAGAAUGAAGAAGACAUUAAACAAACUGACCAGCAAGCAUCGGAAACUACUGGGAACCAAACUUUUACAGCUGUGUUUGAUGAUAAACUGAAUGAAGAAGUUGGAAGUGGUGAUAAAGAGAAACAGAGCAACAACAAUGAUUCACAGUCUAAUGUUGCAUUUGAUGAAUUAGGUGAUAUGUGGCAAGAUGCUAAACCACAAAAGAAGAAGAAGAAGGCACGAAGAGAUUAAAUGAAGAGCGCUGAUGAAAUAAUUACUGGCUGAGUAGUAGUUGUAAAUACAAAGCUGGUAAUGAUGCUGAAAAAAAUCUCCGUCUUUCAUAUCAGUGGUUGUUCUUAAUAUGAUUAUUCUUGAUACCAGAUCUCUAAAAUUUACUUUGAAAGUGAAAGAAAGAAUAAAAAUAUUUCUUGUGGUAUCCAUAAUGAACCUGUGAGAAAGAAGCAAAAAAAACCGGUGUUUUUUGUCUACAGCUUUCAUUGAAAUAGGUUACUGGAAACGUAAAAGCAUUGAGGCUAAACCAAGGCUUCUCGAAAUAAAAAGCAUACAGUUGAGCUCUUAAUAUGAUGAAACAAGUCCAUUUGUAUCAUUAACUGAAAAGUCAUAGAAUAGGAACCUUGUUUCUAAACUGAAUGGUUUAUCUGCUACAAGUCAAAAGAAUUUUUGAACUAUGCCUACAUUGCUAUGGAUCCAUAUUUUUAUUCCUUUCUCUGUCAUUUUGGAAUUGCAAUAUUGUAACUGUAUAAGGAAGAAUAUUUUCCUGUAAUGUGAAUUCUUUUAAAUGUCACCAUUUUGUUAGAUUACUUCAAAUUAAAUGUGAUUUAUCAAUGAAUCAGAGGAAUGUUUAAAUUACAGGUUAAAAAAUGUAAUUAAUACUUCUAAAGUAAAAUGACAGCAAAAUAAUUUGUCUAAAACCAUUAAAGUUUUUAUUACACUUAUUGUAGUUGUGUUAUCAAUGGUGCUGCUUCUUUUCUUCUUUCUUUAUAAAAUACAGAGAAUGUUCUAAGUCUCUGCAUAGGACAUUUUAUGAAGUCAGUAGUAUUUUUGUUCUGUACAUAAAACUAAUUUUCUUAAGCUAAAGUUUGGGUGGUUUACUUUUAUUAAUUCUCUCAUAUUUGCUAAAAGUUAAUAUUAUUAUGUAUAAGAAGAUUGGGAAAAUUUUUCAUUGGCUCUCAGCUAACUUUUGUUUCAAAGUAGCUAUUUAAGUAGUAAUAAUCAAAAAAUUAUACAAGUAUUCAUCUUAUCCAAAAUGUUAUGUACUCAAAGGAAUGCAUAAUAUGUUUUUGCUAGUUACUGUUUGUAACCUGGUGUGAUUUAGAGUGCAAUUCUGAAGAUACAUAUAUCAGAUGUGUAUGAAGAGAAACUAAUGCUGAUAUAUAAUAAUAAUAAUAAUAAUAAUAAUAAAGUUAAGAUUUAACGAUAGAUGGUAAGGUCCACUGAAUAAUUUUCUGUUGGUGCUUUCAAAUGCAGUAAAGUAGUUUUUAUAUAUAAUGCUAUAUUAUAUUCACAUUUAUUUUUUUCUUUUUAGGAAAAAUUGACUUGUCUUUAACUAUUGACAUAUUAAUAGUACGUGGAAAAAGUCUUCCAAAUGUUUAUUUGUAUUGUAAAAGAUUUAACUUUAAUAAUACUUGUUUGACCUUGUGUCUCUUUUGUAACAGUUAAAAAACAAGGAGUAUAUAACGUAAACAUGUUUUUGAAUGACACCUUUUUUUUAAUGUAUUUUCUGGAAUAGGAUAACAAAUCUUUAUCUUCUUCACAUUUAUUGGGAAAAAAAAAAGUAAUUUUAGAAGCUAAUCAUAAUGAUAUAAAGAUCACAACUUAAGCCUAAGGAAAACAGGUUUAAUUUUAUCUGUAAUUUAAUAACCACUUGCUGAUACGAGUGUAGUAAAUAAAUGAAUAUUGUGUUAAUUAAGAAAAACAACAUACGAAAACAGAAGAAAUAUCAGAAUCUAAUAAGUCUUUUUAAAUAACUCUACGACUUUAAAAAGGAUACAAGUAUACUUUUUAGUCGUGUUAACCCCACUAAUAUUUAACUAUGCUCCACAUUUAUUACUAAAAGGUUGUAAAUAUCCAUUAAAUAUUACAUAGGUGGCUUGAAGUGUAACUCAAUCCUAAUGUAAAAAUAAUUAUAAAACAAAUUCAUCACUGGUGGGUCCAGAAUUUUCAGAAGUGUGGGACCUAUACACUAGUUGUACUCUAUUCUGGAAUACUGACCAUGUGAAGUGUUUAUUUGAACAUUUCAUGUUAGAUACAUUCCAAGGACAUAUAUAUUUGUAUCGAUUAUAUAUUUUGUGUAAAUGUGCUUAAAGUUUUCCACAUAGAAUUUCUAGUCCCACCAAUGUGCACCUUGCACUUAAUUGUGACCUAGAAACAAAUUUAAGUACAUGUCAAAAAAUUUGGAAGUUAAAUAUUUUUCUUCUCUUCAAGACCUUUGAAAUUACUUUUUGAAUUUUGCUCUUUUGCCCUUAUAUAUUUUCUAAUAGUAAUCAUAACAAAGAAGCAACAUUUCCUCAUUCUAAGUAAAAGCAGAUUAUAUAUAUAAGAAUUUAUAAAAGACAUGUACUCAUAGUUGUUAAAUAUUUGAAAGUAUUCUAUAAGAAGGAAUCCUGGGGAUCUGCAUAUGUUUGUUUGAUAGUCUUAAUCUGAUGACUUGCAAGCUCUUCAUGGAUGUUGAUACUGUUUUCAUUUAUUCAAGGUACCUUCAAAUGGGAAAAACUGUUGGUUUGUUCUCCGUUAAGAUACAUUGGUUAGUGAUGGUUGAUUAAAAGUUAUUUCGUAUGUCUUUUUCUGUGCCAAAUUCAAGUAUACCAUUAUCUAUGUCCUUAAGAUGAUACUGUCUGAAACUUAUUAGCAGAAUAUAUCUUGAUAUUGCAGUGUUUGAAACUGGUGUAGUAGAAAACAAAUGAACCUUUUUUUUUUCUUGUGGUUGAAAUUCCUUCUGAUUUUAUUUGUCAUUAAGUAAACUUGCUUGUUAGCUAUAUUUCAGUAGUGAUCUACUGAAAGUAAAAGAAUAAAAAAAAAAGAGAAAUUAGGAACAUUUAUUUUGUGAGUUAUAUAUAAUUGUCAUGUGAGGAAUGUAAUUCACAUGUCCAAGUCAGGAAGUUAUGUGCUUUAUUAGGUUUUGCAUGCAUAGAUUACCUGUCAACACUGUAAUGAACUGUGAUGUUAAACAUCCACCAUUCUUUGUUUGAAUGGAUGUGCUACAAACCAAUAAAACUUUUCCCCAAAAAGGUAAAAUUACAUGAAAGUACAUAUGUACUUGAAGCAAGAGAAUCAGGUACUAAAUCCUCAUAUUCAUGGUGUAACAUAAACUGGGAAAAAAAAUACUAACAUUUCUGGUUCCAAAGGUUUCUUAUGUUCAUUUUAAUGCAUAUUUCUUAAGUUUAAAAGUAGCAAUAUAUCUUAUCAUUCAGUGGUUAUAUUCUUUUAAAAAAAGAUAGUUAAGGGUUGUAUUGACAAGUAAAAUAAUUUAUAAAACACAUACCUUAUGCUAAAUUAGUUUAAUGCUGAACUGCCCAAAACAUCAAACUUUUAGGUUAAAAUGUGCUAAUAGUCUAAUGCAAUUGAGAGAAAGAAUUAUAAAACAAUUUUAGGCUAGAAGUAAAGGAAACAUACUAAGGCUGCUAAUUGCUUUCAACACCUGUAUUUUAAAUAUAGAUUACCAGUAAAAGUAAUGAUGUUUAGAAGACUGUCUGUCACUGAAAUUUCCUUACAGUGUUAUGUUUCUAUGGUUUGUAGAUAAUGGAGUACAGAGGAUGAUGAGUCUUGAUUGCAUGGUUCAGAAAUGGAACAUACUGUAGAAUAGUGUUUCUCAACCACAGAGCUGCUGACUAGCACUGGUUUGUCACAACCAUUUUGCUAGUCUGUGGGAUUUUAACAAAAACCAAACUGACAGAAUAUUCAUAUAAAAAUUAUAAUGUUUUUUUUUUGUUGUUGUUCUUGUACUUGCAUUUGAGUGGUCCGCGACAGUUUAGGGAGGCAGCGAGUCAGUCUCUGAUACUGAAAAGGUUGAGGAUCAUUGCUGUAAAAGAUGAUUUAUUGUUAGACCUUUUUACACUGUUACAAUUCUAUUGGUCAGAUAGUGGAGCUUAGGAAAUGGUCUGUCUUUGAUAUUUUUUUUUAUGUACACUGCCAACUCUUCCCUACCCCUAGCUGUGUUUACAGUGACAUGUUUUGACUCUGAAUGGAACAGGAAGUGCUGCAUUGUAAAAUGUUAUUAGAUAAUUAUUAGGAAUGCUUCAUGGUUAUGGUUGGUAAGCUGAUGAUUGAUAUAGUGUACAAGUUAGUGGACUUAAGGAAACAAGUUUAUCUUUAUAGCAAGUCUGUACCACAAUAAUUUGGUAAACAGUUACAAACUCAUACAAUGUGAAAUGACUUGCUUUCAUAGUAAGCUCAUCUCAAACUUUAGUAAAAAGUAUGGCUUGUUUUUAUGUGAUAAUGCUUGAAAAUUGUGUUUGUACUUUUGUGAUUAAGGUCAUUAAUAUCAGGAAGCAACACACACACACACACACACACACCAAUAGGUUUUUAUGUUAAAUUUUAAAUAUGAGAUUUCAAUUUCAAAAAUGACAGCAUGAGAAAUGGUAAGUUAUAAAACAACACAUUCUUUAUUAUUUUUGAUGAAGUUGACAAAGACAUGAAUAAAGUAAUGUAGAAAUCAGAUUGUUAGUUUUAACACAUACUCAGAACACGGAGUAUGUGUAUGUCUGAAAGUGGGUCACAUUCUUAUGUUAGUAUUGUUGUAACAUGUUCUGUCAUUCAAUGGAUUUUUUUGGAUUACUUGGUGAAAAUAAGGCAAAGUCUAGUACACAUAAUAAUAGCAGAUUGAUUUAUUUCCUCCUCAACUCUUCUACAGACUACAUUCACUUUAACACAAGUAGUAGGCCUCAGUGCAUGAACAUUUCAAUGCUGACGUCACAACUAAAUUUAGGUUUAACCUCAAAUAUAACAUUUCCAUAUAAACUUGGAGAAGUACAUUUAACUUAACUAGGUUUGUUAGAUAAAUGCAUAACUCACCAAGCAACUGGAUAACAUAAAUACACAAUAACUUGCACUGAAUACUCGAUAACUUCUCAUUAAAUACUUCACUUGUGCUGAAUGAAUUGUUUACUCGUAUUUAUAAUUAAUGUACCAAUAUCUGGAUCUUAGUCAGAUUUACUAGGUUUUAAUCUUGUGCACCUUCUAGCUGACAUAUAUCAAAACAUUGAAAUUAUAUCUUGCAACAGUAUAAAAUCUUUCAAACCCAAGUUCUAGUCUUUCUGGUGAUUAAUAUUUGGGAGGCUUAAGCCUUGUUUCUUUUUAUUUUGUAUGAUGGUUUAUAAUGAGGAGAAAUCCCAAUUAAGGUCUUGUACCUCAUGAUGUUUCAAGUGCACUGUGCGUCAGCAAAUGCAUUUAAUUUGAUAACCUAAACAAAAGGGUUUGCACUUCAAUUUGCUGCAAAUAUGAAACAUUCCUUUUGGUGUGUCUAUAUAUAUAUGUAAACAAAGUGUAUGAAAAAGAACUUAAAAGAGAUAUGAAACUUUCUUUUCUUAAUCUUUUUUGUGGUAAAUACUGUGUUAAUACAGUAGUAAUACAUAUGCUUGAAUAGUAAUUCAACAAUCAAAGAAUAAAGCAAAUUCAACCCCUAUCAGAGAGAAAGACCUCGAAAGUAAUUUGUAUUUUCUCAAAUAAAACUAUUGAAAUUUUGUUACUUUCCUUAUAAAUAAACUUUGUUGCAAUAUAAUAUUUAGGUAUGACUAAUUAAUGAAAAGUUUUAUUAAAAUAUUACAUGUUCUUUAUAGUGUAUUGUUGGUUCUAGCAUAGUGUUUAGCUCUCACUGUGGCAAACACAUAUGAACAUAACUUAUCCUUUUCCAGGUUUUAAGAGAUUAUAAACACCAUACAAAAAGAAAAAUAGGUUAUCCAUUUAAACAUUCCAAAGAUAUUGGUAAAAAGUUAGAGAAAACAUUGUUGACUGUUUUAGGCUGUAAGAAUUUUUCGUUGAUAAUCAUGGGCUGAAAACUGGUGUUAAUCAUUAUUAGAUAUGAGCUUUGAUAAGUUAAAUCAUUUAAUGUGAAGAAAGAGUUAGAUUGGACAUAGUAACUGGGAUGAGUAGAAUUACUUGGUGUUUCACAAAGUAAAACCCUCAAAAAAUUCUUUUGAGUGUUAAGAAGGUUGGUGCAUUUAAGAAUCCAAACAUUGGUGUACAAUUGUAUUUUCAAUAUUGUAUUCAAAUUUUUGAUGUACUAACAUAUUUCUAGAUGUCUCUCUGUUUUAAACUAUUGCAGCAAAUUUAGUAUUUUAAAAAUGUGCCGUUUGCAAAAUAAAAUUAUUGAAAGUUUUCCACACUCAUUACUAAUAGAAUAGAUGAUGUUAGAAGUCAGUAUUUUGUUUACAGUAAUGUUUGUAGUUAUUUGUUAUGUAAUCAAUCCCAGCACUGGUGGUAAGAGUAACAUGGGAAUGAUUGUAUAACUAAAUGGAUGUAAAUGUGUCUGUGGAAAACAAUAAACUGUUUAAUAGAAAGUAAUCACAUUGACUAGUAUUUACAAAAUAUAUAUUUCAUUUGGUUCAAAUUUGUAUUUCAAUUUGAGGUUGUAUUAGCUGGAUUUCUUUGAUACAACUGUUUUGAAAUAGAUAUGUCUUCUCAGCAUGUUACAUCUAGUUCAUGCAGGCAGUUCUUAAGCAGACAUGUAUCUGUAAAUCUUACCACUUGGUAAAUAAUCAAAUCAAGAAGGGUUUGGAUUUGUCUGGCAGUUACAAAUAUGUAUACUGGUGACAGAUAUGUUGUCCUAAACUUAUACCUGCCUGUGUUCUUGUUGUAUUGGGACCAGUGGGAAUAAAAGUAUAUUUUCAAUGUU